AUGACGGAUGAUAUGGAUGUUGUAGCAGAAACAGUCACACCUUCUGAGGACAUUGAAUUGACUAUUCGUCAAGCAUAUCACACGGAGAGCGAUCUGAAGUUCACAUGUCCAACAAACUGGACUAUCAAACAAGUAAAAGAGCACGUCAAAAAUACCCUCACUAGUCAUCCAGAUGUGCCAAACCAGCGUUUGAUUUAUUCUGGAGCGUCCUUAAACAACGAUCAAAUUCUUUCCGAUGUUUUGAGAGAAAGAAAUCAUAUCGCUGGAGACCAAGUCUUCUUUCACUUGAUGAUUUCACAACCAUACCAGCAGGCUACGCCAGAUUCCGACGUUCGCAGAAGAAAUGUAAAUGGAAGUGGGACCAAUUCUAAUGCGACAACAGCAUCAAAUUUGAACUCGGCCAACUAUCCUGCUUACGCUCAGAAUAUGAUUGCCUGGCAGCAAUACUGGACGGCUUACAAUCAAUUGUCUCCUGAACAACAAACAUCUGAGCAAAUGAGAUUGAUGACUCAUUACUAUACUUACGCUAUGACUAAUCCAGCAAUCUCAAUGAAUCAAACUCCAGCGAACAGUCAAGAUCAGAAUGCUGCAGCAUGGAGAGCUCGAGUGCAAGGAGGAAAUCCUGGCGCUGCAGUUCAAGCGAAUGGAAAUCAAGCAGCUGCAGCACCGCGUCAAGGAAGAGUUGAUAUAUUGGAAGUAGGAUAUCGAAUUUUCAAACUUGUACUAUUAUUCUCGGCUGUUCUUCUCUACUCAUCAUUCGAACGAUUUGCUUUAGUUUUGUGCUCGGCCCUGUUCAUCUAUUUCAUUCAACUUCGUAGAAAUCAUGCAAGAAACAGAGCUCAAGCUCAAGCCGCUGCUGCUCAACCAGCAAAUAAUCAGGAGGCUCAUGUUAACAACAAUAAUAACGGAGAAAAUGAAGGAGAGAAUGCGGCUCCUGCCACUGAUGGUGAGACGCCGGCUGCUCCUGAAGCCCCAACAGGACCACCUGUAGUACAACCAACUGGAAUGCAAGUCUUCAUCGCCACUUGCUACUCGUUUGUCACCUCAUUCUUCGCAUCCCUCGUUCCGGACCAUCCGAUGCCGAUGGAUCUUAACUAG